UGAGUGUAAUUUGUAAUGCUUCCUGAUGUGACUGUCAGGUUAUGGGUGUUCGCUUUGAUUUUAGCACGUCAGCUGACGAUGCAGAUGAUGCAGAACCCUCAGAUUCUUGCGGCGCUGCAGGAGAGGUUGGAUGGGCUCGUGGGAUCUCCCUCAGGGUACAUGGAGAGCUUACCAAAGGUGGUGAAGAGACGCGUCAAUGCCCUUAAGAACCUCCAGGUCAAAUGCGCCCACAUCGAAGCAAAGUUCUACGAAGAAGUGCACGAACUGGAGCGAAAAUACGCCGCUUUGUAUCAGCCCCUCUUCGACAAGCGGAGUGAAAUCGUGAGAGCAGCAUACGAACCCACAGAUGAAGAGUGUGAGUGGAAACAAGAUGAAGAGGAAGAGCUGACAGUAAGUAAGCAGGAGGAAAUGAAGGAAAAGGCCAAAGUGGAGGAAGAGAAGAAAGACGAGGAGAAGGAAGACCCUAAAGGAAUCCCAGAGUUCUGGCUCACAGUUUUCAAGAACGUCGACCUUCUCAGCGAAAUGUUGCAGGAACAUGAUGAACCAAUCCUUAAGCACUUACAAGACAUUAAAGUCAAAUUCUCCGAUGCGGGCCAGCCAAUGAGUUUCACAUUAGAGUUCCACUUUGAGCCCAAUGAUUUCUUCACAAACACAGUCCUGACAAAGACCUACAAAAUGAGGUCUGAGCCAGACGAGUCGGAUCCCUUCUCUUUCGACGGCCCAGAGAUCAUGGGCUGCACAGGGUGCACAAUCGACUGGAAUAAGGGCAAGAACAUCACGUUGAAAACCAUUAAGAAGAAACAGAAACAUAAGGGACGUGGCACAACCAGGACGGUCACAAAGACGGUCCCCAAUGAUUCAUUCUUCAAUUUCUUCUCUCCACCUGAAGUUCCAGAAAGCGGCGAAAUGGACGAGGACUCCGAGGCCGUGUUAGCAGCAGACUUUGAGAUCGGUCACUUCAUCCGCGAGCGUAUCGUGCCCAGAGCGGUGCUGUACUUCACCGGCGAGGCCAUCGAGGAUGAUGACGAUGACUAUGAUGAGGAGGGUGAGGAAGCCGACGAUGAGGAGGGGGAAGAGGAGGCUGACGAGGAGAACGAUCCCGACUAUGAGCCCAAGAAGGAUGCCAACCCUCCAGAGGAGUGCAAACAGCAGUGAUGGUGUCGCCGCCACCUUCAGGAUCCCCUACACUGUAACGGCUUCAAACAAACAUAGUUACUUGCCGCCUUACAAUGUUUUGUAUUUUUCUUGGUAGAAAUAAUUGAAAAAUUAAGGGUUUCGAGAUUUUUGUUACAAAAAAAGAAAAAAAAAACAACUUAUCUAUCGAGAGCCGUGGCUCAUGACGCAUAGUAUUUUACUAGACCGGUUUCUUUCGUUUUCCUUUUUCUCUGUAAAAAUAGUUAGAUGCAGAAAAUCCCUCGAAGCAUGACACUCGUUUCUUCACCGCUAAACUAGUUGGGUUCUCGUGAAGUCUUUUGUAUUGCUCUUAGACAACAGCUGGGGAGAGACGGUUUACAGGAGAAGCGUCCGGAGAGAUUCAUUUGGUUAACAUUCCACAAAAACAUCACUAUUUUCGGUUCGGAAGCCGUUUAAAGCUCGGUGGUGACUGAUGUACAUUCCACAUCCAUUCAGUCCACGCUCUGCUGCAUGACUCGUUUCUUUUCUAUGAGCACUUUGUAUUUUCGUCAUGUAUCGGUAGCGUUUUUUUCUCAUCGAUUCAACCAAUGCUUAACUUUCAACUGGCUUGCCGUUAUUCAGGUAGGUUCUCUGCUUCACGCAUCCCGGAAUGCACUUACAACGAUCCAAGCGACCUCAUUGGAAGAUUAGACUUUGAACAAGAGAACCUGAUUGGAGGAGCCAGUUUAGUUAGUCUCUGAUUGGCUGGUUUCUGAGCUCGGCCCUGAAUGAUGUUUGUGGUGAAA